UUCCUCAGAAUCCUUACGUAAUAUAGUGCCAGGUAUACUCAGGAGAGUUACUAUAUUAGGAGGAUCAGGUAGUUUUAUAAAUUCUCUUAAUUUCCAAGACCAUUCAACGAGUGAAUCAGGAACGCGUGUGUUAUGUACUAUGAGUUAGAAGUAAAAGAUAUUAUUUUGUCAUGGAAGAUAGUGGAAUUGAAAGUGAUCCAAAGAUAAUUACUCACAACGAAGAUGAAAAACUUUUUCUGGGAAGUGAUAGUAGUUGUAACAGUAAUCAGACGCAAACAUCUCAACGAAGUUCUACUAAACAAUGGCAAAAGAAACUUGAAGCACGAAUUGAACAAGCAAAACGUAUUCAACUUAAUUCAGAUUAUAUAAAACUUCCAAAACAUGAGACGUCGAAAAUAAACGUAUGUAGUAAUAAUACUAAUGGAUUAAUAUCGAUAGAAAGAUUGCCUAUACCAUCUAAAAAUAAAGAAAAUCUUCCUUUAGUUGAAUAUUGGCAUAGCGGAAGUGAAAGUGAUGAUGAAACUACUCUUUUCUCAUUAUCAAAAGGAAAAGAAUCUGUGAAACACAAACGAGAUCUUACUGAUACAUUCAGUAUUGAGGAUUUGAGCGAAGAAAGUGAAGAUUCUUUGAAUUUAGAUCCAACACAACCAUCUCAUGCUUUUACGUGGACUUAUAUACCUUCUGGAUGUUUUGCUUGCCAUUGUCAAAUAUUAUAAUGUAAAAUGAGUCAUAUUUAGUGAAAACCAUACAAAAUUAUCAAUAUCGAUAUUUAAAUGAUCUAUGAUAUAUGGUAUUUGAUGGAUAAUUAGUAUGCAUUAUAUAUUUUCAAACACUUUUUAAGAAAGUAACAAAGUUCAUAUAUUUUUAUGUGCUUCUAUAGUAAAAGAUGCUAGUAUUAAUAAAAUAUAUAUACACUC